AUGGUGCAUAUUUAUAUACCUCUGUCUUGUUGCUGCUUCGUCUCUCUCUCUCUCUCUCUUUAUGCAUCUCUCUCUUUAUCUCUCUCUCUUCUCUCCCUCUCUCUCUCUCUCUCUCUCUCUCUCUCUCUCUCUCUCUCUCGACAUAAUUCAUAUUUCAGCCUUUCAUUUUUACCCUCCUCUUUCUUAGUCUCUCUAUCUUUUGAUUUCUCUCCGUCUUUCAUCGCUACUUUAAAUACAUUUUUCAACAUUGUUCAUGCCUCUUUAAAAUUCUCACCACCAUUCUUCUCUCUCUAUAUCCUCUCCCCUGUGUCCCACCUUUUCUCUGUCUGUUUGAACUGUUGUUUUCUCUCAUCACUGUUACUUGAGCAGUUCUUUCUCUCCUUUUCCUUUUCAUACUCUUCUCUCUCAUCUUCUUUUCCUUCAACUGAGUUCUCUGUAAGUUGCUCUAUCUAUCUAUCUAUCUAUCUAUCUAUCUAUCUAUCUAUCUAUCUAUCUAUCUAUCUGAAAGUGUGGUCAUAUCUAUCUAUCUAUCUAUCUAUCUAUCUAUCUAUCUAUCUAUCUAUCUAUCUGAAAGCGGUCAUUAUCUAUCUAUCUAUCUAUCUAUUUAUUUAUCUAUCGGAAAGUGGCCAUAUCUAUCUAUCUAUCUAUCUAUCUAUCUAUCUAUCUAUCUAUCUAUCUAUUAUUUAUCUCCUGUCUGUCUAUCUAUCAAUUUAUCUCAUAAUAUUCACUAUCUAUCUAUCUAUCUAUCUAUCUAUCUAUCUAUCUAUCUAUCUAUCUAUCUAUCUAUCUCGGUGUAUUAAUAUCUAUCUGUUUAUUUCGGUGUGUUUAUAUCUAUCUAUCUAUCUAUCUAUCUAUCUAUCUAUCUAUCUAUCUAUCUAUAUCAAUGUAUUCAUAUCUAUCUAUCUAUUUCUGUGUAUUCAUUAUCUAUCUAUCUAUCUAUCUAUCUAUCUAUCUAUCUAUCUAUCUAUCUUGGUUGGGUUGAUAAGCCGUAAAAAACGAAUCAAUAUAUCUCUCUGUAUGACCCUCCUCUCUCGCUCGCUCUAUCUAUCUAUCUAUCUAUCUAUCUAUCUAUCUAUCUAUCUAUCUACUCUCUGA